AUGGCAAAUCAAGAUCUUCAAUCUCAAUACAGUAACUACCAACAGAUUAUAGGAACGCUGAACGACAAAUUGAGUCAAUUGGACUCUGAUUUAGGCGAACAUAAAGUGGUUCUAGAUUCACUAAAUAAACUACCCGAGGAUAGAAGAUGCUGGCGAAUGGUAGAUUCUUCUCUCAUUGAACUUCAAUGCAAAGAGGCAAGAGGUGUACUUAAAAAUAGGAUUGAAGGAAUGGAGAAGAGCAUUAAGAAUCUAAGUGAAGAGACACAUAAGAAACAGGAGGAAUUCGUGGAUUGGAAGCAGAAGAAUAACGUGCGUAUAGUGAAGGCCAAUUGA